CCCAGUCGCAGUAACCCGACGGCUAGACAGACAGAAUUUAGCACAAGCUGCCUGCAGAGAAACAACGCCGUACUCGAGUACCGAGGGCCAACAGCGGCCCGGGGUUAGGUAGGAAAGUCAAAGUAAAUAAAUGUUAUUCUCAGACUUUUGAUUUUUUUUUCUCGUAACGGUAAAGACAUCGACGGCGACCUCUACUCAUGAGCUCUUUCUACUGGAACAUUAGUUUACGUUAACUACACAAGUUGUUUAACGUUACUUCCAAACGCCAGAUUUACAGAUUUAAAUGUUUAACUCUAUGGGUCUGAUUAACGAGACAACGGGCAUCCAGACAAAUGUGUCCUGUUCCUGUAACUGCAAGCACUCGACUUCUUCCCAGAGCACGGAGAUCAGCCAGCUGGAGUUUGUGCAGAUCGUGGUGAUCGUGGUGGUGAUGAUGGUGAUGGUGGUGGUCAUCACCUGCCUGCUGAACCACUACAGACUGUCUGCCUACUCGCUACUCAGCCGGCACGGCACCGCGCGCAGGCCACACCUGCCCUUCACCUCUGACACAAGUUUGUGGCCGUCUGAAGGUGUAGGUCCCUCUAGUGGCGCAGGCGAGCAGGUGAGCAGCUCUCGUCCACCAGAUCUAAUGAACUCUCGCAGCAUGGGCGGAGGAGUAGGAGUAGGAGUAGGAGUGGGGGGAGUUGGAGGUGGGAGCCGCUUCCAGCCCACCUGGCCGUACCUGCAGCACUCCAUCAUCGAGCUGCCGCCCACCAUCUCCCUGUCGGACGGCGAGGAGCCGCCCCCCUACCAGGGCCCGUGCACCCUGCAGCUCCGCGACCCCGAGCAGCAGCUGGAGCUCAACCGAGAGUCGGUGCGCGCCCCGCCCAACCGCACCAUCUACGACGGACCGCUCAUCGGGCCGCCCUGCCCCCCUUCCACCUACAGCGGCAGUGGCGGAGGAGGCUCCGUGCCCGGCGGAAGUUACCCAGGACAGCCGCGACAAGAGGGCGCCCCCCCUACCUACAGUGAGGCGGUGGGACAGUAUUACCACCACCAUCACCACCACCAUCACCAGCAGCCCUCACCGCCCAGGGGGGGAGGCGGGGGCGUAGGGGAGGGCCCGAGGGGUCCCCCGAACCCCACACCCCUCAUCCAGGCCCUGGAGAACAGGAACGCACGCAACAAGGAGAAGCAGAAGGGCCAUCAGGUGUGAGAGACACGCGCUGGGGUGGGAGGGUGGCGGCCGGGGAGGUCUGAGGCUGAGGCUGAGGCUGUUGUGUGUGCGUGCAUGUGUGUGCGUGUGUGUGUGUGAUGGGGAGGUUAAGUUCCCUCCUCUCCUCCUCCUCCUCCUCCUCCUCCUCCUCCACCACCACCCUUGUGGGAUGAACUGAAGAGGAGGGUUCAGCAGGAGGGCCAAGAGGAGGAAGAGGAGGAGGUGUUACGUUGCGUCUUCAUCUUGCCAGCGUUUCCCCUCCCCAGUGAAGCCUGUGGCUCUCUAGAACAAUCUAGAACUGUUAGUCUGGCCCUUCGUUUGGUCUGCUUCAUAUCAUUACCACGUGGAUUCACCUUUUGAAAAAAAAAAAUCACAAGGUGGUUCCUCUCAAGCAUUUUUUUUUUCUUUUUCUUGUUCUUUUUUACUUUUUGCAUUAUCCAGAACCACAGAGGCGAGAUGGUAUUCCAUAAUCUGUGUUUUUUUAUUUAUUUCUAUUUUUUUGUUUAAUCAUUCUCAUUUGGGAGUUAAAAAAACAUCUUUCUGUUUAAAAGGCGUUCUUUUUUUUACCAUGUGUAAGGUAGAUGCCUCUCGGUUUCAGCUUGUUAAGUUUUUGAUUGACAGCUAGGGUGGGAGCCAUGUUGUUUUUCAUCAGCUUAGUUAUCAGCACCCUCCCCGCUGAUUGGCUGAAAACACCACUGAGGAGGGGUGGCCUACAAGGAGCUGGCCAAUUAGCUUCCAGAAAAGAAAAACAUUUG